UGACAGCUAAAAUAAUAGUCAUAACCUUACUUUAAUAUUAUACAUUUCUAUAUUCAUUGGAAAUAUAUUAUUAAAAUAAUAUAAAAAAAGCCUUAUAAGCAGUUAAAUAAAAUGAAACAAAAAGUUAAAUGUUACUCAAAGAUGAUUUUCCAGUUGGUGAGGAGCCUACACACAGGUCCUAUCUGCCGUGCUGCUGAGUCCUCUCUUCUAGCCAAAUUAAGAAAGAAAACCGGUUAUACCAUUGCUAACUGCAAAAAGGCCCUUGAAAUGCAUAACAAUGAUACUGACAAGGCAGAAACAUGGCUUAAUGAACAAGCUCAAGCAAUGGGCUGGGCGAAGGCUACAAAAUUAGCAGGCCGCUCUGCCCUACAAGGAUUAGUUGCUGUAAAGUUUGACAAGAACCAUGGUGCUCUUGUUGAGCUCAACUGUGAAACAGACUUUGUUGCUAAGAAUGAUAAGUUUCAGAAGAUGAUUGAAGAUGCAACAAUGGCUUGUUUCAAGUUUGCUCACACUAAUAUGCAGUCAAAGGGACCUGUCACAAAGAUGGAGUUGGACAGCGAGCAACUGGGAAAUUUAGCAGCUGAAGGAGGGAAGAAGCUUUCGGAAAUAUUGGCAUUGUUUAUUGGCUCAGUUGGCGAGAAUGCAGUAUUGAGGAGAGCUGAGUGCUGGAAAGCCAAUAAUAGUGAUGUCAAAAUCGCUGGCUACACUCAUCCUGCACCAUCAGUCCUUGGUGAUUAUUCUGCAGGGAAAUAUGGAGCUUUGCUAGCAUAUAGACAGGCCAAUGAUCAUGAAGAUAUUGGCAAACAACUCUGCCAACAUAUUGUAGGUUGCGCACCAACAAAGAUUGGUGAUAAAGAAGCGGAUAAACCAGCCAAGAACUCUGAUGAUGAAACAUGUCUGAUAUACCAAGAGUAUUUACUGGACCCCUCGUUUACAGUAGACGAGGUUUUGCAACAAAAUAAUGUGGAAGUCAUAGAUUAUGUUAGAUUUUCAUGCGGAGAAGUUGCAGAAGCUUCUAUGCCCGGUGUAGAGAAGCAACCAUUAGAUACAGUACAAACUGUUCAGUAAAAUAUAGUCAUUGCAAAUAUUAGAAAUUAUUUUUAAAUUAUGUUGCAUUUAAGAUGAAUAAAAUUAUACAUUAUUA